AUGUCUGUCAAAACCAGCAAAGUGAGCCGCAGAGGCUACAGCUCAACUUCUGUUAUCGGCGGUGGUGGUGGAGGAGGAGGAAGUAGAAUUGGCUAUUCUUCAUCAUGCCAGGGAUAUGGUGGAGGCAUAAGAGGCCAAUAUGGCAGCAGGAGCCUCCAUAACUAUGGCAGUAGAGGAACAAGAAUUUCCUAUGGACGAGGCUAUGGCUAUGGCGGUGGAAUGGGUGGCGGCUAUGGUGGUGGGAUCUGUGGUGGAGGAAUGGGCGGUGGGAUCUGUGGUGGAGGAAUAGGCGGUGGUUAUGGUGGCGGAGGAAUGGGCGGCGGCUAUGGUGGUGGAGGAAUGGGUGGUGGUUAUGGUGGUGGAGGAAUGGGCGGUGGUUAUGGUGGCGGAGGAAUGGGCGGUGGUCCUUUCGGUGGUGGUUAUGGUGGCGGAGGAAUGGGCGGUGGUCCUUUCGGUGGGGGAAUUGGCCCUGGUGUUAGUGGUGGAGGCAUUGGCAGUGUCCAAAUAGACCCAAGCCUUCUGAGACCAGUUCGUGUAGAUAUUGACCCCCAGAUCCAGCAAGUGAAAAAUCAGGAGAAAGAGCAAAUCAAGAGUCUCAACAAUCAAUUUGCUAGCUUCAUUGACAAGGUAAGAUGCCAGAAAAGGAAGUGAUGCAGUUUGACUGAUUUCACAUAAUGCGUGUUGUCUGGGAAAAUGCAGUUAAUUUUUGCUAUGAACAGUUGAGUAACGUCUGAAAAUAUGAAAGCUUGAAUUUUGAGGUUUACAUUAUGGAUUAGAUGGGAUUUAAUUGCCACGGAAUAUUUUACUUAAACCUGAAAUUAUGAGUUCUUUGCUUUAUUCAUUUAUACCAGCAUUUAUAUCCUACCCUUCUACAUGCAUAUGUAUCACUCAGGGCAGUGAUAUUUAUAUAUCACAAUAUCUGUAACAGCCUCCUGGUUAACUGUUUACAAGCCAUUAAUGUCACUUAAGGCCAUUUGCAAUGGCAGAUGAUCAGGGUGUUGAAUAUGUUUGUGGCAUGAAACAGAGGGAAGAACAUUUGCUCUGUUCCUCCCACCCACCCAAUAUUAAGAAAAUUAAGCAGAAGCAGAUGUCUGGAGUCUUUGCAUUAACCAGCAGAUUCACCAAGAGACUCCAGGAUAGCAAUAGUAUGUUGCUACUUUUUUAUUGGUGUUGGCUAAGACACAAGUGAGAUUUAUUGGGAGAAAUGUGUGUGUUACAGGUACAUGGAUGUAUAUAGUUUCACAAGACAUACGAAAUGGAAAAAGUUUAACUAAGUGUUAAGGAGUUGUUCAAAGCCCAAGGAAGUGUGCAGAAUUGGCCCAAUGGGAUGCAUUGAGGCUUGACACACAGGACAACAUGCCAUUUAAAAUUGACGUUGCCUGAAACUUGGCUUCAAGCAAAAUUCAAAGGGAUUUCGGGAACCUCCUCUGCUGAAACAUUGGAUUGUAUCCAGUGAUAUUCCUGCUCAGAGUAGAUCCAUUUAAGUCAAUGGAUAUGACUAACUUAGGUCCAUUAAAUUCAAUGGAUCUAUUCUGAGUAGGACUAGCACUGGAUAUAACCCAAAGCAAGGAUUCUAAGGAAGCAAAAAAUCUUUUGGUAUGACUAGCAAAACUUCUCAGCUGUGAGUUGCAUGGCUGUUAAAAAGUAGCUUUUUUCUUAUUUGUCAGGGGAACCUGGUGCCCUUCUGAAGAUGUUAGACUUCAUCUCCUAUCAGCCCCAGCUAGCAUGGCUAGUGCGAGGGAUGGUGGGAGUUGCAGUCCAUCAACUUCAGUCCUAAUAUAUGUCAUAUGAAGCUGCUGCUGACUCAGACCACUGGUCUAUCUGGCCUAGUGUUGUCUAUUUUGAUUGGCAGAGACUCUCCAGGGUCUCAAGUAGGGGUCUCCCCAGUCCUCCUACCUGAUAGACAUUAAUUACAGAUGGCAACCUUUGACUGUCUUACACGCAAUGUCAUUUCCCCAGCAUUGAUCAGGGGUGAGUUUCCCCACUGCUUCUGGAUUGAAUGAAGAGGGUAGUAUACUACAUCUUCACUAUGACUCAGGAAUGACCCUUCACAUGACCCUACACAAGGCAACACUGCCUGUAACUCUUCUAUCCCUUUGGUGCAGCUACCCACCUACCUAGUCAUCCUGGGGCUGAUAGCCAGGGCUAUGGUGGCCUGUUAUUUGUAUAGUCAGAAUAGGAUUUAUCUGGGGUGGGCUUAAGAUCCACCUUUGUGCACAUCUUUUCCAUCACUGUCAUAUCUCUUUUUUGGUGUGAUUCUCUUGUGGCUGAUUUGCUUUCUGGUCAGUUUAAGGGUGGGUAUGGUGGACAUAAGUGUAGAAUAUUUGGUGAGCACCUUGAGGCAUGUGGGGUGAAGGAACAUAGGAAACUGCCUUGCAUUGAGUCAGAGCAUUGAUCCAUCAUAUUCAGUAUUGUCCACAUUGACUGGUUGAGACUCUCUAGGUAUUCAGACAGGAGUCUCACCUAGUCUUACCUGGAGAUGACAGGGAUCUUUUGCAUGCAAAGCAGAUGCUCUAUACUGAACUAUUACUUCUUGAAAGUUUGAGAUGAUGUGGGAGGACGCAGAACUCAGUCUAGGUGGUCCUCUUACUGGUGAAUGCAGACCAGAGAGCAAGUAUGGACUCCUCAGGCUGCCUUUAGGACAUUGUGGCUGUGGUAAGAGUUGAUCCACUCUGGUGGGUUGGUACCUCAAGUCAGGGUGGUGUUGCCCAGAUAGAAGCAACUGUAGUUUACAGUGCCAACACUGGUUUAUUAUUGCACAGCUACAUUUUACGGUCACCAUAAAAAUGACCUUUCAUCCCAGUUUCUUAUGUUGUGUCAUCACUUGGGGAGCAGGCACUGAUCUGUGGCCCUGCUAUGAGAACCACAAAGCAUAGUUCUAAGGAAAUGGUAAGGUUCCACUGGCCCCCAGAAACUGAAAAUUGUGAGUGUUUCCAAUUCUUCAAUUAUUAAUUCAGAGUAACAACAAACAGGGGGAGCAGAGUGUAAUUUGGGGCUUAGCCAGGUUGCCUUCAUGUGGAUCCAGUAACCUGUGAAAGAAUGGACUUUGCUGUUUGCACCCAUCUCCAAUGUGCUAUGAUGCCGAAUCUCUUCAAUGUCUUAUACAUCUUCCAUUUCUUGGGUUUCAGGUCCGGUUCCUAGAGCAACAAAACAAGGUUCUGCAAACCAAAUGGCAGAUCUUACAGCAGCAAACCCAGGGCCGAGGCCCACAGCAGAACCUGGAUAGUGAGUUCCAGCAAUUCAUCAACGGCCUGAGAAGCCAAAUUGAACGAAUCCGUAUGCAGAAGUCACAGCUGGCAUCAGAACUUCAGAACAUGCAGCACCUUGUAGAAGACUACAAGAACAAGUAAGGAACAACCAAAAAUGAAAGGUGCUUCGUCACCACUAUUUGUGCUUCAGGGGGAGAUCCGCCAUUAAUCAUUAAGUGACUUUGGUUCAGAAUAAUGAAAUUGUCCUCAGCUCCAGGGCAUUCCAAAGGAGUGCAGGUUGCACUCUGCACUACAACCUUCUGCAGUACAACAGAAGGUUGGAAACAGUAAUCUGAGUAGCUGUGUGUGUGUGUGUGUGUGUGUGUGUGUGUGUUUCUCUGGGGGAUUUGCAAUGUUCAGCUUGUGUGGUUUAUUUUAAUACCUUGGCAUCUUAUACACUUGCAGUUGUCUAUCUCAGUGAGCUCAUUGUGACCUCUUUUUUUCUGCUUUAAACAGGUAUGAAGAAGAGAUCAGCAGGCGCACAUCUGCUGAGAAUGAAUUUGUGGUGCUGAAAAAGGUGAGAAGUGGCGCUUGGCAGCAUACUGUAAAUAGAGAAGGCAUCGUGGUGGGAUAGAAUUGAAUCAGGCAUCAGAAUGUUUUCAAGCCAUUGCAUAGAAAUGUUGUUUUCUCCCAUAUGUCAGGGGGAAGUCAAGGCUGCAAGUACAGCGGAACCUCGGGUUGCGAACGUGAUCCGUAUGGGAGGCACAUUCACAACCCGCAGCAUUCUCAACCCGCAGUGCUGCAUCUGCGCACGUGCGUGAUGUAAUCUGGCGUUUCUGCACAUGCACAAAUCAUGAUUUAGUGCUUCUGCACAUGUGCAAGCGCUGAAACCCAGAAGUAACCCGUUCCGGUACUUGCGGGUUUCGGUGCGCCCGUAACCUGAAAAUGCGUAACCCGAAGCGUCUGUAACCAGAGGUACCACUGUAUAGGCCUUCUCCCUGACAUAUUAGCACAAUUUGGCAAAUGUGCUUCCCCCUUCCCCAUUUUAUCCUCACAGUAUCCCUGUGAGGUAGGUUAGACUGAGAAUCUGUGACUGGUCCAAGGUCACCCAGCAAGCUUCAUGGUUGAGUGUGGAUCGGAAACCUUUUCUCCCAGGUCCUGAUCUGACACUUUAACUACUGCACCACCUCUGGCCUGCAAACAUGUUUAAUGGCCUUUUGGAGAACAGCUGAACCCCACAAGACACCUAUCACUCAUCUUUAGCUCUCACUGGAGAGCUCAUAGUAGCAAAUUAUACUGGAUCUAUAGCAGUUCAAAAGGGCAAUCAUAGAAAUUGCAGGGGCACACUGCAAAACAUGGCAGCGUAGAUUAAACUGCUGCUUCCUAUGCAUCCAGGGUAAUUUGUUUAAAAAUCCAUUGUUUUAUUAAUAAAUUGAGAGGAACUGUUGGAUUAAGCCUGCUUGGCAGCCCCACCCUCUGACCCAGAAGCCCUUUCCCCCUACAGCCAGAUGUGUGGGGAAUUCCUGGGGUUUCUUGGUGAAGAGGGAAAGAAAUCUGUGCAUGCUAGGAACAUCCUGCCUUUAAUUAUGUCUUCAUAUGGGAAGCAGAGUCCCUGUUGAGUCAUCACAGCUAAACAUCCCAACAGGAAUGGAGAAUAAAAUGUUAUCUAUGUGGACAUGCCUAAACUCUUGUAUGUGGUGCCUCAGUCGGUGAUGACACUCUGUGAAGCUUUAAAGUUUGUAUUCCCCAUAAUCUAUCUUCUAGGAUGUGGAUUGUGCCUACAUGACCAAGACUGACUUGGAAGCCAAAGUGGGUGCUCUAGCUGAGCAGAUCCAAUUCCUUAGACGUAUCUUCCAACAGGUAAGGAAUCUAUCCAUUCCAUCUGCUCGAUAAGAAUACUCUCUCUUCUACCAUCACCCAUUGAACCCACAUUCAAAGGAACUGAAUUCCCCCGCCUUAAAAUAAAUGAAGGCAUACAUGGGAAUGUUACUUACCACUCCACAUAGUUUUGAGGGAGGGCUGCAAGGAACCAGAGGAAAGUAUGUGAUAGUCACAGAGGACUAAAGGACUAAGAUGGAUAGCCCCUGAAGCCUCACUCCAUCCUGGUGAUUCUGUACUUCCCUUGACUGUGCUGAACUUCCCCCCAGCCACCACAAUUAAACUGGGAUGGAGAUAUCUGUGUUCACCUUAGAUUGGAUUGCUCUAUGCCCUGCACCUGAAACAAAAAGCUUAAUCAGUGUAACAGCAUGGCAAGUUUUCCUCUUUUCCUCUCUGAGAUCUAGAAACUUCCAUUCUUUUUUUAAAAAGUGAAAGCUAUGAAAAAGCACGAAAGCAAUUACAACUCAGACACAUCAAAAUCAUGCUUGUGGAGACAUAAUUUAUAUUAAUUAGUUCAAACAUAAUUGAUAUUAAUUAGUUAUUUUUUUUCAUGAGUGGUGCAUCAGGGGAGAAAUGGCAGAAAUGAGGCAGACUUACUGAUUGAUGGCUUUUUGGUCCUUUAACAGGAACUGUCUCAGGUCCAGAUGGGUGGUCAUGACACCUCUGUGGUGGUGAGUAUGGAUAACAGCAGCCACUUCAACUUGGAAGGCAUCAUUGAUGAAGUACGAAAUCAAUAUGAAGAGAUUGCCCGGAGCAGCCGAGCUGAGGCUGAAAGUUGGUACCAUAGCCAGGUAAGGAAUCAAGCAAAGACGAAACCUGACAUGCUUUGUGGUUUCCUGGGUUUUCUUUCUAUUGCAAGGGACCUGAGGGCAGAUCACUUUCUCCAUGGGACCCCUGUGAAGGAAGGAAAGUCACUGCAAAUCUCGAACCGAGAAUUCUUAGCUCCUUAGCCAAACUAGAAUAUUAUUUGGAGGUGGGGGAAGCCAUGACAUUUAAAAUGGCAGCCACAAUUCCUAGUCCUUUGGUGAAGCCAUGAUAGUCAAACUGGUGUAAUGAUAUCAACAUAGGUUUGUAGCAUAGUGAGAAGUUCUCUGUAGUUUGCUGCUUCCAUCAUGAACCAGGGAUGGAUUUAGGGCUGUGUGAGCAGUGUGCCUGCGCUGAGUGCUGAGACAAAGGGGUACUGGGCUUUAGGAAGGAGUCACGAGGCUCUGACAGGGUCAUAGAGUUCAUCUAGUUAGCACCUUCAUGAUUUUGGGAAGGAGGUACGAGGACCCUGGGAUCCUGCCAGAGCCCUCACACUUCCUUCCCAAAGCAGGGCACCUCCUUGCCUACCUUUGGAAAGGCACUGCAAGGAAUGAAGGGGGCACCAAAUUCUGGCCUCGCACAGGGCACCAUAGUACCCAAAUCUGCCUCUGCACGAUCCUCCCUGUGCUUGGGGCUAAUGUGCUGUGGUAGAGGGACCUUUGGAUGGGCACCUUCUCACCUGCCUUUGGAAAGGAACUGCAAAGACUGAAGGGGGCACCAAAUAUUGGCCUCGCACAGGGCACCAUAGUACCCAGAUCUGCCCCUGCAUGACCCCUGUGCUUGAAGCUAAUGUGUUGUGGCAGAGGGACCUUUGGAUGGUAUCCAUGAUUAGAACAUUGCUGGAGGAACUUUUGCUUUGUUUCUUAAACACAACACUGUUUCUGCCCAACAGUAUGAAGCUCUGCAAAACACAGCUGGAAGACAUGGGGACAGCCUGACUAACACCAGACAUGAGAUUCAAGAGCUGACUAGGAACAUUCAGAGACUGCGUGGGGAGAUUGACCGUGUCAAGAAGCAGGUAUGGCACUUAGACAUUCCAUUUGGGCAAAGGCUGAAAAGUGUCUUCUUUUUCAGGAGGUCCACAUCACACCACAUGGGUGUAAAGUUCAUCUUAGCUAUCAGAUGGGCUUUAGCUCAGUGAUAGCUUGUGGAAGCUCCUAGUCCAAUCCUUGAUAAUUCCAGGUCUAAGUAUUACAUUGUUGUCUUAGACCUUGGAAGAGACCAAAUUGAUGGUACUCUGACUCAGCAACUUCAUACAUUUAUCUCUGGAAGAUGCCUGAUGCCCAUUAUUCUCUUUUGGAAUUGUCCCUCCAAUCUCUCAACACUCUGCAAUCUAUUAAGGAUGGCGGUGGCUUUGUUCAACUGUUGCAUCAGAUCAGGCAAGCACACAACGCAAAUUGCAUUGCCUGUAUGUAAAUUCAGGCGUGACAGUGAUUGAAGUUACAUUUCCCUGAGAAGCCUGGGUGGUUCAAGGGACAUCAUGUUGCAAUUUGAACAUGGGAGGCUUUUAGGGUGGAAACGUUUUGGCUUUAAACCAAGUCUUAUCUGUAAAUACUGGGGAGCUGCAGUCAGUCAAUUUGGACCAGCCUGGCACCCUUGAGAUAUUCUGGACUACAAUUCCCAUAAACCCCAGCCAGCAUAGCUAAUGGUUGUGGAUAAUGAGAACUGUAGUCUAAACCAUGUUAGGGAAGGCUUGCUUAAACAAUACUGACCUAGAUGAUCAAAUGAUCUGAGUUUGUAUAAGGGAGUUUCCUAUGUUUCUCAGCUUUUAACAUCUGAGCGAGAAGGGAUGCUGACUCAUCACUUAGUGGAUUGUGCAGGCAGCAGUAGUCGUUCUGUUCUGAGUCUUGUCUCUUGCCUAAAAGGAAUCUGGCAGAAACUCUGCUCCACUGCACCCAUACACAUGCCUUGGAGAGGAAGAGUUCCUUUCUGGGGAGGACCUUGGCUUACAACUGUUGCUCAGCAAUGGACUCAUGAUACUCUAAUUCAAGAUGCAUGGAUGUUGGCAAUGAGGGAUCAGCACAUUCAUCUUGGCCCUCUCCAAGCUGCUGCCUUAAUGUGCAGUAUAAUGUCAGAAGUGUUGCUCCAUAUUCUACAGAGAGUUCUCAGUCUCUCACACAUCAACUGUUGCUAGAAGCUGCCACUCUUCUGUGGAAAUGUGCUAAGGUGCCAAGUAUCAGCUGAGAUACCUUAGUACAGGAAGACUGGAAAAACCACCUGGAGGUAGACUUACCAAAAAACCCCAAAUAUUGCUUAAUUUUCUCCAUUAAAUAAUGACAUCUAACAUACCAAUAAGUAGAAAAGACAUGUGUUGGGAGAGCUGAACUUGAUCCCAGGCUUACCUGGACUCAGCCUCUGAACCUCUUUGGAACAUCAGGAUUCAGACUUGAAAGAGAUGGCUCAGUUCAGGCAAAGUGUUGGUCCCCACCACUGCUGAGCACUCACAAGAAGUCUCUCCUUCAGAUGUCAUUAGACUCCAACUCUCAUCAGUUUCAUUCAGCAUGGCCAAUGGCCAGUCCAGCAACAUCUGGUGGGCAACAGGUUGGGAAAGGAUGCUCAUGGUAUCUUGAAUACAUCUUUCAGGGCAACCACGAAGGCUCCUAUGCAGUUUUGAGCCUCAGCAUCUUUCUUUUUCUAAGAUCAUGAACAUGGCCAUAUCCCUUAGCACUAUGGGUCCAGGCUGGCCUAUAAAUCCCAUUCUUUGACCUGGAAACAAUUAUCCCUGAUGGGUGCUCAGAUCAGGGAUCGAUCAGUCUGUUCCCAGCCUUUGUUCCUAAAUUCAGGGUUUCAGGUGAUAGACAGGGAUAAUGAGACAGAUAUUCAGAGAUUGGACUCAACAACUGUCAGAAAAACAUGGGCUUCUGAUGCAAUCCCUGCCUGGGAGGCUUGUUAAAUAGCUGAGUAGGUAAACAAAGCAACAAGGAAGUCUGGGAUUCCAAAAAGUCCAUCCCAAGGUCUCAGUCGUAGUGGAAAUAGAAAAGUUUUUAUCUUUCUCUUCUUCUUGUCUUGCAGUGUGCUCAGCUGCAGUCAGCCAUUGCUGAAGCUGAGGAGCGCGGCGAGUUGGCUCUCCGGGAUGCUAGGCAGAAACUGGAAGAAUUGGAAUGUGCCCUGACAAAGGACAAGGAAGAGUUGGCUCGCCUAUUGAAAGAGUACCAAGAGCUGCUGAACGUCAAGCUUGCUCUGGACAUUGAGAUUGCCAUGUACAGGAAAUUGCUGGAAGGAGAAGAGAGCAGGUGGGUGACCACUGCAACCUUCCACAGAGGGAAUUUUUUUUUCUUUGUAGAUUAACUGGACCAAGGGUCUGCAAGCAGCAUCUGCCUUGAUUUCAAAUAUUGCUGGGUUCAGGGAGGAUUCUGCAAAUAUUUGAACAUUCAUAGAAUGCUUAGUGGCAUAUUGGACAUCCAAAUUAUGGGGAGCAAAUUUGUUAUGGCUCCAGAAGGAAUGUCCUUGGUGGUUUUAUUGUUUGUUUUGUUUUGUUAUUUUGUUAUGCCUCCUUGGUGUAUUGUGUGCUUUUCUUUACUUAUUUUGAUGACGUUGUGUAGCACUCUGCCUUCUCUGCUUGUUUCUCAUUGGUCCGGAUUAUAUGGAUUGAUUUGCAGGAGGGAAUUUGGGGGGCAGGAGUUAGAGGAUGGAAGGUCUAGCCUUGUAAAAUGGGCAUAGGACUACAUGGCUUUUUGGGUCACUUGUAAGUUGGGCCCAGUAAUUCUAUGACUCACAGAUGCUAGACAGGACUACUACUAUCUGCAGAAACCACUCUGCCUAUUAAGUCAGGCUUCCUCAAACUUGGCCCUCCAGAUGUUUUUGGCCUACAACUCCCAUGAUCCUUCGCUAGCAGGACCAGAGGUCAGGGAUGAUGGGAAUUGUAAUCUCAAAACAUCCAGAGGGCUGAGGUUGAGGAAGCCUGGAUUAAGUGAUCAUACUUGUAGCGAAAAGAAGGUUUUGUUUCAUUUUGUGACCAAUUUUUCUUAUUCCUAAACAGGCUGUGUGGCCAAGGAUCCCAAGUCCAUGUCUGUAAGUAGCUUCCAUGUUCACCUUCACUGUUUCAAACAUGAAUUAUUUUCAACAUGAAAGUGUAUGUACUGAACCUGUGUUUCCUUUGCAGCUGUGAGGAGUUCCCAAUAUGGCGGCGGCAUGGGAGGAAUUGGCGGCGGCGGCAUGGGCGGAAUUGGCGGCGGCAUGGGCGGCGGCAUGGGCGGAAUUGGCGGCGGCAUGGGCGGAAUUGGCGGUGGCGGCAUGAGCGGCGGUGGCAUUAGCGUUGGUAGCAUGGGCGGCGGCAUUAGCGGCGGCAGCAUCGUAGGGGGAGGAAUGGGCGGUGGAAGUUGUGGCUAUGGCGGUGGAAGCGGAGGUUAUGGCGGUGGAAGCGGGGGUUACGGAGGUGGAAUCAUAGGAGGAGGAGGCGGCUCUGGAGGCUCCUGCAUAGGCGGUGGCGGAUACUCUCAAGGUUCCGGUUCUGGCUCUAGCACGAUCAUUAGGAGAACCACCACAAGCAGCUCAUCCAUCAAAGGCGGAAGGCAUUAAAUGUCCCAGCUGGUCCCUAAAAGGAAAGAAACAUCUUCUAGCUUCUUGUGGCAUCAGCGCAACACCUUCAACCCCACCCUGGUAAUACAGAAAAGAACAAACUGUGUCCUUUAAAACACAAUGUUGUAUCUAUUUUGCUCCCCAAGAAAGCACCAUUAAGCUUACCAUCUUCCAUCUUGCUUCUGUCACCUGUUGCUUAGUUGUACAAUGGUGGAAGAUAGCUGGUAGAGAAUGCUAAUGAAAUAUGCUGAUGGUGUUGCAUUUUAGGAUAUCAGUUAGCAGAGAGUAGCUGGAAGGGGGAAGGGGAGGAGUGUGUUUCUUUCAGAGUAUGCUGUACAUUUUUUGGCUUUUUAUGGUGGCUGCCAGUUCAUGGCAUUCUGUAUUGAAGUGGCCUUUCCUUCUCUUUCUUGAGGCUUCUUCCAGUUGGUUGUUCUCUCCAGGUGUUGUUGUAGUUCCUUGCUUCCCAAAAGACAUAAUUUGUCCCCACUGUAUUUGACUAUGUGCUGAUGUUGGACCAGCCAACAUUGAUAAUGCUAAGUCACGAUUGCUCUUAUCUGCCUAGAAAGAGAAAAGAAAAUAGAGCAUUUUCUCCCUUGAAUCAAAGUCAUGAUUUAAUCAAUGAUCAGGCAGCCUGAUCGUGGCUACAGAGCAACAAGGUCCUGUACAACACUGAGUAAACAAUCAUUUACUAUAAUUGUGUCAUUGGAAAAGCUAUCUCAUUAUCAAAAGUACAUUCUUGUGUCAGUUUUGUGAAUUACAUUGCACCUGUCUUUAUUUCCCAUGGUUUGCUUCCCAUGUUGUUGGGAGGUGGCCAUUUUCAAUAAACUGCAGUCAAGUUAUAUGUGGUCUUGAUUCUUAUUAUUUACUUAUUGGUACAUUUAAUUUAAUUUAAGGCUAAAACAACUUUGGAGGGAUCUUGUACACUGCCAGUUUUCAGCUUGUAGAUUGAGGCCACAGCUUGGUGGUCAUGGCCUGAUCUAAAGUGGGUUGCGAAAACAGCACUGCCACAAUAUAGAAAUGUAUGGCAAGAAGUUAAGAAAGGGGUCUCCAAAUGCAGGUUAAAAGGUGGGUUCCUGGCCAGAAAAAGCUGGAGAUUGCUGUCAUAUGGCAUCUCUGAAGCUGAAUUAGCUUUCAAAAAACUCUUGCAAUGAAAUCCUGUGCAUGUUUACAGUGGUGCCCCGCAAGACGAAUGCCUCGCAAGACGGAAAACUCGCUAGACGAAAGAGUUUUCCGUUUUGGAGGUGCCUCGCAAAACGAAUCUGCUAUGGGCUUGCUUCGCAAGACGAAAAUGUCUUGCGAGUUCCUGGUUUUUUUUUUUCCUUUUCCCCCUCUUUUUCUAAGUCGCUAAGCCGCUUAUCUGCUUAUCCGAUAAGCUGAUAAGCUGCUAAAAGCCGCUAAAAGCCGCUAAUAGCGCUAAUAGCGCUAAUCCGCUAAUCCCAUCAAUGGGCUUGCUUCGCAAGACGAAAAAACCGCUAGACGAAGAGACUCCCAGAACGGAUUCUUUUCGUCUUGCGAGGCACCACUGUACUUAGGAAUUAAGGCCCAUUAAGUUUCAUGGGACAAACCUGAACAAGUGUGUAUAGGAUUGCAGCUUCAAGUCAGUUCCUUUCUCCAGCAUUCAGAAAUGCGGGUGAUGUUUGGGUUACACAGGGAUUUAGUCUGGCCAAUUAAUACUUUUGUUUCUUAAAAUUAAGCAAUAUAAUUCAUGAUUUAAGAACACAAUCCAACUAAAAGCUCAGAGUGGCAGAAACAAUACUAUCAAGCGUUGACCCAAGGAUAGGAAUCCAUGUUCCAGCCUGUCAUUGCAGUUUAAACAAGUCUCUGGUUCACAACAUGCUUCAUUACAUUAGUUCACAAGUGUCACAGGUGAGACUAAGAGGUGUUCCUAAUGCUGGUUGUGAAUAUGUCCUGGGGGAGAGCAAUCUAAAUAAAUUAAGCAUUCCUUUUCAAAAUGAAACAAUAGUAGCCACUUAAAGAACUGCUUGCUGCUCACUGGUCCUUAAAUGUUUCCUGACAGGAAGAGGCUGGUUUUGGAAUAGAGCAGGCAUCCCCAACCUUUGGCCCUCCAGAUGUUUUGGACUACAAUUCCCAUCAUCCCUGACCACUGGUCCUGUUAGCUAGGGAUCAUGGGAGUUGUAGGCCAAAACAUCUGGAGGGCUGCAGGUUGGGGAUGCCUGGAAUAGAGUCUUUGGCUUUGCUUUGUGAAAAAAGGGAGAUCUGAAGCCCCUAUGAACACCCUUCUACAUGCCCUCGCCUUUCAAAAUUGACAGCAGGAGGGUGUCACCAUGAGCCAGCAGAAUCUAGUAGAAAGAGAAUCCUGGAAGAAAACCUAGAGUCGUUCCUUGAACUAUGAAGAAUACCAUGUGUGCCAAAUUCCUCCUUUGGAAUAAAUUAUGCAGGCUGCUACAUUUUGCAUAAAUGUUGCAAAGUAUAAUUUAUUCUAAAUUUGCUUUCUGAAGACUCAGAAUUUCUUCUGAGAUUUUUUUUUUUGGUAAAGAAUAGAGUGGCGGGGGGUAGGCAACAACAUGUAGGUGGAGACUCAGAGCCAUGGGAAAGGAGCCAAGAACUAUGGGGGCCUAUGAAGGCUGACCCUCUAAUCACUGGAACCUCUUCCCAGCUUCUGGGAGUCUAUUCACAUAGGUUAGAUGGCAAACAUCUAAUGUGAGCACACAGGGAAAGCCUAUGUCUGGAAACAGCAUCAAAACAGAAGCCAGUCAUGGCAUCUAAAGUGUGCAUUUCCAUUAUAAUGUUAUAUUAUCCAUUAGGAGACAUGAAGUGGAUGAGAACAUAUUGGUCUCUUACAAACAGUGUGAACAGGUCAGUCCAAAUGUUUGUUAACAGGAUGGCAAAUUUAUCAUCAUCACCCCCAGAGUAUCAUGGACACCUUGCCAAAGACAUCCCAGGUAUUUCACCUGCUAAUCAUUUGAUGAGUUCACUGCCAUGGCAACAGCCACAACGGAUCUGUACAUUGUACUGUAAUGGGUGGAGGCUUGCUGAUGUCAUCAUGGAAAGUGUGAAUGAGGAAUAAGUCUGCCUGUCUGCUAGAUAAGAAAGGCAGUUGCAAUACAUCCUCCUGGUUUAAACUGAAACUGGCUAAAAGUGUGUGUGUGUGUGUGUGUGUGUGUGUGUAAGUAACACACACACACUGAGAAAAGGGGGAAUGCAAUUGUUGCAGAUUUUUCUUUUUGUACUACAACCAUUACAACAAUCCUUUUCUUCUUUUAAAGGUAACCACUAAAAGUAAGCAAUUAUGCUUAUAGCAUAAUGAUAAAGCCAUCAUAUAAGCAAUACAAAACAUUAUUAUUAUUAUUAUUAUUAUUAAUUUUUAUUAUAUUUAGAUUUCUUACUCAUGCUUCCUCGGGAUGCUGGUGGUGCUGUGGUCUAAACCACAGAGGCUAGGGCUUGCCGAUCAGAAGGUCGGUGGUUUGAAUCCCAGCGAAGGGGUGAGCUCCCGUUUCUCGGUCCCUGCUCCUGCCAACCUAGCAGUUCGAGAGCACGUCAAAGUGCAAGUACGGUAGAUAAAUAGGUACCGCUCCGGCAGGAAGGUAAACAGCGUUUCCAUGUGCUGCUUUGGUUUGCCAGAAGCGGCUUAGUCAUGCCGAUUACAUGACCCGGAAGCUGUAUGCUGGCUCCCUUGGCCAGUAAAGCAAGAUGAGUGCCGCAACCCCAGAGUCAUCUGCAACUGGACCUAACAGUCAGGGGUCCCUUUACCUUUACUCAUGCUUCACCAUAAGGUCCCAGUACAAAUGUAACAAACAAUUUCUAAAAGCAAUAACAAGCACUUUUACCAGCAUUUAAAAGCAAACCAGAAAAACCUGCUUGGAAGGUGCCCUCUAUUUGCAGGUCUUUUCUGGCCCAGGACUGGUGUAAAGAAAGGAAAGGCGUGGCCUUGAAGUUGUCUGCCAACAUUUAUUCCAAGCAGGCACACAGGUCACUUGGCCACAGUUUUCCCCACUAUGGUGAGAUGUACUUAUUCCUACAGGAGGCAGUGAUGGCUGCCAACUUGGAUUAAUCUAAUCUUUUAAAAGAAUUAGCUUUAUCCUCCCUUAAUUUAUCUAAUUCUUUCAAAAGAUUAGAUUAAUCCACUGACACUUUUGCUCGGCCUCCGCAAUUGGAGGCGGUAAUGGUUCUGAAUACCAGGUGCUAGAAGCCCCAAGAGUGAAAAAUGCUUUUCUGUUCAGGUCCUGCUAACAGGUUUCCCUUGUGGGCAUCUGGUUGGCAACCUUGAGAACCAUCAUUUGGACUAGAUGGGCCAUUGGUCUGAUCCAGCAUGGCUCUUUUUAUGUAUUUGGAUUAGAAUCUUAGAAAUUAUUAAUAAAUGUGCAUCUAUUCGUCUAAAUCAGCACCUGCCAUUUUGAUGCAAAUCUCUGUCCUCUUUUGCCCUCUCUUUGUGAUGAUGCAUAAUUGUCCACACCCUAACAGGUUACACCUCUGCAAUACUGUUUUCUGCAAUAGAUAAAUUCUAGACCCCACCCUAAUGAAUCCAGCCUGUUUAUCCUGUCUCUUACCACACUUCUUCUCCUAUAUAUACACCUACACCCUCAAGUUGCAGUUAAGCCUGCGUGGUUCUCUAAAUUUCUACUGGUUCAUAUGGUUCAGUGUGCCCAGAUCUUUACUGCUCAGACUGGUGAUGCUGACCUCUGUCACUUUCCCAUCUUGCUUACAAACAGUCCUGGUUCAUAGAGUCCCAGGAUGACAGAGAGAGAAGGAAGCAACAUAACACAUAAUAUUCAAUCUUAAUGUCCCAAAGACUCAGCAUUUUUGCCUCCUCCUUGGACUCCAAGUAAAUGAUGUCUCAUCCACACUGCACAUUUAAAUCUUAGUUAAAGCUCAGAUUGAGGGGGUCAUGCUUUUCUAUAUGGUUCAUUCCCAGGCUUCUCCUCUGUUCUAGAAUUUAAACUGGUUCCUUGGUGUAGAAUACCUAAACCAGGCAUGUCCAAAGUCCUUUUUGGGGGCCUAAUCAACAACCUCAAUCCUAAAAGAAGCUCAACAGCUCGAACCCUAAAAAAAGGUCAACAACUUUGGUUGGCCCCCAUGGCCCUUCACUUCAUCAAAUCUGGCCCUCUUUGAAAAACGUUUGGACACCACUGACCUAAACUAUGGGCAUAGGAUACCUAAACUAUGGGUUUUUGUGAUAGGACUCAUCCCUGACCCUAGCAUGAUCCAGUCCCUAGGCCAACUGCACACUUCCAGGCUCCACCUCAACCUACCAGAGACAUUUUGCCACGACCUGCUAGCCUCUCAGGCUCUGCCCUGACCCCCAGGGUCCGUAUCUCUGAAGAUUUGGGCAAUAAUAUCCAGACAACCACUAGAAGCCCUCAGUCUCCCUGUAACCCAAGCCUUAGUUAACAGAACACUUGAAUAUAGCCGAUUCAUUUCAUGCCAAUCUGCCCAGAUGCUUCUCCACCUGACUUAGGUUUGCUUGGUCCACUGAGAUCCUAAGACCCAGAGGGCAGAGGCUAUAACAAGACAGGGAUGGAGAACCUGCAGAUAUGUUGCUGGAAUACAGCUCAUAUCAUCUCUAGCCAUUAGCCAUGCUGGCUAAGGCUGAUGGGAUUUGGAGUCUAAUACCAUCUGAAAGGCCACAGGUCCCCCUUUUCUGAAGUAAGGGAUGCUGCCUGAUAGGUUAUGGAGUGGAGCCUAGUGGAAUGGGGCAGAAGCCUAGCCUAACCUGACAGGAAAGAGAACCUGGUAGAAGAAGGGAACAGAUCCUGGCUGUGUCUGGUGCAUCAGAGGUUGGAGACUGAUGAGCAGAGGGGGCGGGGCGGUGAAAGCUAACAGCAAAGGUCAUGAAAGCCAAGCAGAAAUGACCCUUGUGCUCCCUUCCAACUCCGCAAGUCUAUGAUUCUAUGAAAUUUGUGUGCCCUCUCUGGUUCUGAUCUCUUGCCCAGAUACUUUAGCUUUGAUUCUCUGACAGUUUGCAGCCAUGAUCAUCUCUUUUUCCCAAGGGUGGAGAUGCUUUCCUAGCUUUCGGAAUGAUGCUGCAACCACAGCACAGAGUGCGAAGAGUUUGGCAAUACACCCCCCUCCCCAAUGUUGCCUAAGUACCUGCACAACACUUGCCAAACGAAAGCAAGCACUUCCCAGUUGCCUAGGCACCACAGGCACACACCCUACUCUUUGCACUAUGCUGUAAGGAUGCUGUGCAGCCUACUGAACUACAUGGACGAUUAGUCUGACUCAACAGAAAGCAGCUUCCUAUGUCCCUUAGUCAAGCUCUAAACUCUUACAUGGCCUUUCAAUUUUUCUAGAGCAGAGGUGCACAAACCUUUUUCAAAGAGGGCCAAAUUUGAUGAAGUGAACAUGCGUGAGGGCCGACCAAAGUUGCUGAGCUUUUUUUUUAUAUAUACUGAUUUUUUAAUACUGAUUUAUACUGCCACAGGGGCCAGAUUAAAUCGACCGGCAGGCCCAGAUUAGGCCCCCAAAACAGACUUUGGACAUGCCUGUUCUAGGGUCAGAUGAGCUAUCCAAAGUCCAGAAUGGGGUCAGACUAGAGUUGCAGGACCUUGGAUAGCUGCUGCCGCACCACUGGAGCACGAUUUCUAUUCUCAUCCUGAAGCAAAGUUCUUAACCUGAAGCACUAUUUCUGAGUUAGCGAAGUGUGUAACCUGAAGCGUAUGUAAUCCAAGAUACCACUGUAUAGCUAUUUUUUAAAUUAUUAUUUCCUAAUCAUAUUCUUACAGCAUUCCAAAGAUCCCAGUAGGACCUCAUUUUCCUUAAACUUUUUUAAAAAAUCCACCUCAGUACAUCUUACGCAGAUAUUUAACAUGGUUAAUGAAUGCAAGUGACCCUGCCCUAGAGCAGUGUUUCCCAAACUUGGGUCUCCAGCUGCUUUUGGACUACAAUUCCCAUCAUCCCUGACCACUGGUCUUGCUAGCAAGGGAUGAUGGGAGUUGUAGUCCAGAAACAGCUGGAGACCCAAGUUUGGGAAACCCUGCCCUAGAGACACCAGAAUACUAGUGGCUGGGAACCGCGGAAGGGGAGAAUGCUCUUGUGCUCAGGCCCUGCUUGAGGGUUUCCCCACAGGCAUCUGGGUGGCCUAUGUGAGAAUAGGAUGUUGAACUAGAUGGGCCACUGGCCUGAUCCAGCAGAACUCUUCUUAUGUUCUUGCGGCACUCAGCUGAAUGUUGGUAAGUGGUGCUCCAUGUUAGGAUUCUUGCUCCGUGUUUGCAGUCAUGGGAUUGUUGUCUAUCACAUGACGCUGUAUGUUUUCAUUCCACAGUGUGGGAAGUGACGGAGACAGGAUGUUUUGUGUUACUGUGUUCCGCGAUGUAGGACUAUUGUCCUUUGUUUCUUUCUCUCUUUGCUCUCUGAUGAGAAAGAAGAAGGGGCUAAGGCAGAAUGCUCCGAGUGUAUUAUAUGUAAAUACAGUGGUACCUCGGGUUACAUACGCUUCAGGUUACAUACGCUUCAGGUUACAGACUCUGCUAACCCAGAAAUAGUACCUCGGGUUAAGAACUUUGCUUCAGGAUGAGAACAGAAAUCGUGCUCCGGUGGUAUCAGUUGCUGUGAUGUUCGGGCUGAAGAAAGCUUUUGAAGCUUCCGAACGACAGACCAGGAGGGAGAGAACUUGCCAGUUGGGCAUGUGCCUCUGCCAGGGUCCUACACGAGAGUAAAGGUAAAGGGACCCCUGGCAGUUAAGUCCAGUCACGAACGACUCUGGGGUUGUGGCGCUCAUCUCGCUUUACAAGCCGAGGGAGCCGGUGUUUGUCUGCAGACAGUUUUUCCGGUUCAUGUGGCCAUCAUGACUAAGCCACUUCUGGCGAAACCAGAGCAGUGCAUGGAAACACCGUUUACCUUCCCGCUGGAGUGGUACCUAUUUAUCUACUUACACUCUGACAUGCUUUCGAACUGCUAGGUUGGCAGGAGCUGGGACCGAGCAAUGAGAGCUCACCCCGUUGCAGGGAUUCAAACUGCUGACCUUUUGAUCGGCAAGCCCAAGGCUCAGUGGUUUAGACCACAGUGCUACACAAGAGUAGGACGAUCCUAACAUGGUUAUGGGCCCAGGAAUCGGGACCACAGACCCAGUGCCAGCAGAGGAAGGACCGGGGGCUGUACAGUUGUCUGGGUUCUACACAGACACUCUAAUAAAUAGGAAUGGGGUAAGUGUCCCUCUUCUCACACAUGCAUUCAUUGCCCAGGGAUCCUUAGCAUUUUAAAGGGGUUUGUUUUUUCCUUGGUAAUCAGGUCAUUCCCUCCCCCCCCCAAAAAAAAACCAUAGCAUUUGUAGCUGGAGGCCUGUCUGUGGCAGGAAGUCAAUUUCAAUAUUUAACUUAGAAAUCCACAUGCCUCCCUUUCUGUAUUUACAGAUUGCCUUUCAGAAUUGUCCCUCAAAGUGGAUAAUUAAAUAAUAAUGCAUGCAACGAUGGCAGGGACGUAAUGACACUUGUAAUGUGGAAUUAGCUAUGGUAACUAUGGAUAUAUAACAGAUGGACAAUGGUAAAAGAUGCAAGAAAUUUAAUCUUAAAUAUGGAACCCAUGGAGGGAGGGAAGUAGGUCCGAAGGUUCAAAAUACCUUGUAAUGUGGUCUUAUUUUAAUGUUUGAAAUGGUUAAGUUAAAAUGUAUAAAAUUGUGAAAAAAUCCAUAAUAUUCUUUUUUAAAAAGAUAAAUAAUAAUAACUUCUGAAUGGAAGGGGGACGGGCAAUGUACUUCAGAAAUUGUCAACCACUCCCAUAAAUUACCAAUGAAGGAGGGAUAGAUUUACUUGACUGCAGUAAAUAGUAGCAAGAAACUAAAGGGGGGGGGGAAAUAAAAGCUUUCUGAAUGUUUAUAGCUGACAAUUUAAUACCUAUGUUGGUCAUGACUGACAAGGAUGAUGAAAUAUGGAUUUCAACUAGAGGCAGAUACUGUGUUAAUUAUAUAGGGGUAGGCUUCUGGAGUUAAAAUGUUUGCAAGGUGAACGUCUGAUAAUCUCAAUGAAAGUCAUUUUUUGCAUUUCACCCAGACCCACUAGGUGUGGACAUGUUAUUUAGUGGGCUUCAAGAAAGGAUGGGCUGGUGCCAGACUAACCAAGCCUGUGAAUAGUUCGAAUUUCUUUCAUUUCACUUCUCCAACCAAGCCCAGCUCCUGAAAGCCAUAUAAAGGAAGACUUGGAGAGGAUUUUGGACUGUUCAUCUCUCUCUACGCCGCCACCUUUAUGCCGCAAUGAGUCGACAGCUGAAUGCCAGAGCUCUGAAUGGAGGGAGGGGGUUUAGUGCUGGUUCUGCAAUUGUUUUCGGAGGGGGCAGGGUCAAUGCCUCCUCUCCUAGCCGAAGAAGCGCCGGAGCAGCAAGUGGAAUUGGUGGCAUUUACAGUAGAAGCCUUUACAAUCUGGGGGGUACUAAGCGCAUCUCCCAGAGUGUCGUUCCUGGAGGUGCACAUCGUGGAGGUGGAUUUGGUAGCAAUGCUGGGGUUAGUUUUGGUGGAUUUCCUGGUGGUGGAUGGGCCAAUGGCAACUUUGGCAAUGGAAGGAAUGGCCCUGGGUUUCUUUCCCAUCCUCCGGGGAGCAUCCCAGAAGUCAUCAUUAACCAGAGCCUCCUGGCGCCACUUAACCUGGAAAUUGAUCCUGAGAUCCAGAAAGUACGCAGAGAAGAAAGAGAGCAGAUCAAGAACCUCAAUGACAAAUUUGCUUCCUUUAUAGACAAGGUAGGAUUUUUGAGCUCCUGUGUUAACUAACCGUUUCGUACUGUUGUUACAUAUUACUAAACUGUUACUAAAUUCCUUUGUCAAACAGGAAAUAUUUAGCAGUACUCCAAAUUGAUAUGCCUGUGAUUAUGUUAGUUCAUACAUUUUUGAAAUAUAUAUAAUUUAUCUGCCUCUUCCCCCCUUCGUACAAACACUUUACGAUUCUUAUCUCACUUGUCACCACCCAUGGACACACUGAUGGUUAUAUAGGCAUCUACUUUGGCCAAUUGUUAUCUAAAUCUGGGAAUGGGUCAGCUUUCUUGGAUUCUGCCUGUCUUUUUAUUAUGGCAAAUUAAAAUAAAUGAAAAAUAGACAUUUUAGUAGAAACACUGAACCUUAAUUCAUAGAAUGAGGACAGAUGGAUGAUUUAAUAAGACUGUCCUUUUUCAAAUUUAUUUGGAAAUCUUCUAAUGAAGCUUGAUGAUGUUAAGGAAAUGGGCUCUUUUCAGUUAGCCAGUGUGGUGUAGUGGUUAAGAGCGGUGGAUUCGUACUCUGGUGAACCGGGUUCGCUUCCCCGCUCCUCCACAUGCAGCUGCUGGGUGACCUUGGGCUAGUCACACUUCUCUGAAGUCUCUCAGCCCCACUCACCUCACAGAUUGUUUGUUGUGGGGGAGGAAGGGAAAGUGGAAUGUUAGCUGCUUUGAGACUCCUCUGGGUAGUGAUAAAGCGGGAUAUCAAAUCCAAACUUUUCUUCUUCUUCUUUACAUUUGUAAGAAGAUCUUCUAACAAUGUAUUCUGGGUACAACCCCUGUUUCCAUUUGAGCGAAAACAGCAUGUGGUAAUAUCAUGGCAUGAUGCAUUUGGGUUUAACUUACUUUUUUGGCAAUUUUUAAGACCUGCUGUGACAGAUAGAGAGACAGAGAGAUAGAGAGAUAGAUAUAGAAUAUUGAAAGGCAACUCCAUAAUGUAAAACCACUCCAUAACACAUAUCUUGACAAGUCUUGUGGGAGCCCAACAAACUCUCAGCAUUGUUCUGCCUGGGAGGGGGGGGAACGAGAUGCAAAGCCCAAGGAGGUUAAAUAAACAAAAGGUAGAGCAGCUUCUUGUUGUUCAGGAAGGAUGUCUGAAUCAAAUUCCAUGCUCUAAUAUUUGUAAAUUAAAAUUCAUAGUUUUCCAUCUAAGCCAAAGGAAAUUUACCUGGCUAUUUUAGUGUAGGGGAACAUGGGUUGCAAGCUACAUAGUAAAGCAAUCAGGUGAUUUCUUCAAUGUAGACUGGAUGAGACACACAAUACACCACAAGACUUCCUGUGAUGCUGCUUCCUAUGUGCUAGAGAAGAAAUAAAAUUGAAAAGAAAACUCAAGGAAAUUUUCCUAAUUUGAUUCUCUUCCCCCAAUUUGAAAGCUUUAUGAUUGCUUAUGAUGGCAUGCAUCUCCAUCCAGCAAGUGAUAUCCAUUGCAGAAGUAGACAUUUGUGUGUGCAGCCAGUCAAUGGAUAUUAACAUCUUGUUGCUCAUGCAUACUGCAGUGUUUAUCCAAAUCAUAUUGAACAGAGAGUGAGACCACUUUCAUCCAAGGCCAAUAAUUGUUUCUGCAACUACAGCUGAAUCAGGACCAGGGUGUUUAGAAAACAUCUUGUAUGUACAGGAUUUGGCAAGGAAAAUAAUAAUAGAAUGUUAAGCAUUAUCAUGCAGACUUACCUUUUAUUCAGGCAGUUAUGCAUCCAAUGUCACAGUGUGGAGUGUUCUGUUAAGGGUUCCAGCCAGCGAGCCAGCCAGCCAUGCCCUUUUCCAGGACUCCAUUCCAUUUCCUCUCCCUCCUCUCAGGAAGUUUUCCAUGCCCUCCUUCAAUAGCCAGCAUUUUGUGGUCACUCAGCAUACUGUCCUCAAUGUGCUGCUUUGGAUGUUCCCCUUUCCACGUGGUGUUCUGAUUUUGUGUGUGUGUGCUUUUGCAAAAUUGGGGUUCCCCCAUGAGUGCAGAUACUACCAUCUACAGCAUGGAUGGAAUUGUUUUGACUACAUAAGGGUUACCUUUGCAAUUACAGUGGUACCUCUGGUUACGUACUUAAUUUGUUCCAGAGGUCCGUUCUUAACCUGAAACUGUUCUUAACCUGAAGCACCACUUUAGCUAAUGGGGCCUCCCGCUGCUGCCGUGCCGUCGCUGCACAAUUUCUGUUCUCAUCAUGAAGCAAAGUUCUUAACCCCAGCCAAUAUUUCUGGGUUAGUGGAGUCUAUAACCUGAAGCAUGUGUAACCCGAGGUACCACUGUAAUAUCAGGAAUAGCCAAUAUUGUGACCUCCAGUCAGAUGUUGCUGUACCACAACUCCCACCAUCCCCGACCAUUGACUGUGCUGGAUGGAACUUAUGGGAGUUGUGGUCCAACAACUUCUGAAGGGCAUCACAUUGGCUACCCCUGAUAGAGAGUGCCCUGUCCUUUAGAGUCGAAACCUGAAUUUGAGCAUUUUGGACUUCAAAAUUUGCACUAAAAUAUUCAACAGUUCAGUUUCUUUUCUUUUAUGUCAUGUGACAUUUUAGUACAAUUGCUCUCCAUGCUAUGCCUGGAAGGGCUUAGAGCUGCAGUGCGACUACCCUUGGCCAUUCCUAUAUGCAUGUUGAAGCUGCUCACCAGUGCUCUGUUGGGUACUUGCAAAGACACUCAGCCUCCCUCUCAAUCUGUUUGAUCCUCAGGUUCGAUUCCUCGAGCAGCAGAACAAAGUCCUAGAGACCAAAUGGAACCUCCUGCAGCAGCAACCCAUCUCCCACGCGAAGAGCAACAUAGAUUCCCUCUUUGAGGCCUACACCAACAGCCUGAGGAAACAUCUAGACUCUCUAAAGGGUGAAAGAGGGAGGCUGGGUUCAGAACUGAAGAACAUGCAGGAUCUGGUGGAAGACUUUAAGCGCAGGUAGGUGAGGAAAGGCAAGGCCAACGCUCAGUUCUUCCCACCCGGAGUGCAAUUCCCCAGUGAUGGAGACGUACAUUUUGAAGUUCAGGAGCUCAUCAUGACAACCUUCAUAGCUACGAUCUGAACAGCAGCUCUCAAAUGCAGGCAGCUGUGUUAUCCGUAUCUUCACAGGCACUUCCCCUGCACCAAAGCAGCCGUGUGUAGCAUAACACUAAAUUUAAUUAGGAACAACUGACAAGCCAUAGAUGUUAAAGAACAAAUUCAUCUGGUAAAGCACAUUAGGCUUGAACCAAAGAUCUUCAGCCCACUGAAAUGCAACCUUUAGCUUUUAAUUAGAAAGGCAAACAGUCUUGCAAAAGUACCCAGCUUCUCCUUGACCAUCCCCCUCAUUCUCUGAGUCUCUAAGCUAACCAGUCACAAAUAAACUAGCAAUCCUCAUCGGCACCACAUUCACUUGCCAGUGCAUGGUACUCUUUGCUCCUGUUUUGAGAAAGGUCUCCUAUCAUGGUUUACACAUUUGAUGGGAAGUGCCAUUGUAGAAUAGAAAUUAGUAGAGCCCCUUACUCUCUAUUUCACCUUGCCAGUGGCGUUUCCCCUGGUUUUGUGCCCUCCUUUUUUACUUUAAACAGAUAUUGAACAGAUUAUGGCCGCAGAUCCAUCACAAUCUUUGCUUUUGUUUUCGUUCACUCUCAAAAGGUACGAGGAAGAAAUCAACAAGCGCACCACUGCUGAGAAUGAAUUUGUACUGCUAAAAAAGGCAAGUCUUGAAACGCACGCAAAGUGAUGACACCCGUUAUAAAUCAGGGGUGAAAUACCUCAGGCCUGAGGUCUGAAUAUAGCUCUGCCCAGGCCUCUUUCUGGCUCUGGGGAAUCUUCCUACACAACCACACUCUCUCUCUCCUCAUUGGCCUGGCUUCAUAGCAUCCGGGCCGAAAUGUCCGUGAACUCUGAUAACGACUCUUGAGUGCCAGGGUGAAGGCUAGAGGCUGCAUGUGUGUGUGUGUGUGUGUGUGUGUGUGUGUGAAAGCCAGCCUUCUGUACAAAUGUAAAAUCUACCUUCCUUUCCCUGUCCACAUGGGCCUCUGGUAUCGGUCCCCUGGGGGGCUGCACAGAAAGGAAUGUGGCCUUUGCUCUGAAAAAAGUUCUGCACACCUAUUCCAAAUGGAGGUAAAUGAAGGGGUAUGUGAGUGUGGAAAUAUGUAAAUAUACAGGCAACCUACCCAUCAACUGUCCUGCUUUAAGCGGUACAUCCUGGAAUUACAGAAGCUUCUGAUCAGAUCCCAUGAUGUCCUGUUUUGGCUCACGCAAGAGUGCAGCCCUGAAAGAUGUGCAUUUGGGGGGCCACACUCUCACACAAGUCACAUGACUCGUGCAGGAGCUGCUCUCCUGAUUUUCCUCUGUGGCAUGUUGGAGGGUGUGCAACUAGUGAAUUUACAAUCAAAGCAGUGCAUGAGUUUUGUUAAAUUAAAAACAAACAAAUGAACACGUAUAUCUAGAAUGAGCUCCAUGUUCGAGUGGGCACUGGGAAAAAAUAAAGCCCUCUGGUGUGCCUCCUCUGAUGUUGAUCUCUCCUGGUGGGCUUACCUGCUAGAGAUUAUAGUGGCAGCAGUGGCAGGCAACUGUAGCAGGACUGGUGGCAGAGGCAGCACAAUAAGUCAUCUGCCAUGUAGAUUUCCCACAGUGCUCUAGAAUGAUGCCACAUUGGGGGUUUUAUGAGUAUCUGAAAUGGUGGGUGACUUCCAAAUCCACCAUCAUCUGUACUGGGCCCUGCCCCAGCAGUGGAGCCCUAGCAGCUGCUCAAGGAUAUCAGCUGCUGAUGCCACCGUAGAUAGAUAUAGAUAGAUAUAGAUAGAUAGAUAGAUAGAUAGAUAGAUAGAUAGAUGAUAGAUAGAUAGAUAGAUAGAUAGAUAGAUAGAUAAAUGAUAGAUACAAAGAUAGAUAGAUGAUAGAUAGAUGGAUGAUAGAUAGAUGAUGAUAGAUAGAUGAUAGAUAGAUAGAUAGAUAGAUAGAUAGAUAGAUAGAUAGAUGAUAAAUAGAUGAUAGAUAGAUGAUAGAUAGAUAGAUGAUAGAUAGAUGAUAGAUGAUAGAUGAUAGAUAGAUAGAUGAUAGAUAGAUAAAUGAGAUAGAUAGAUAGAUAGAUAGAUGAUAGAUAGAUAGAUAGAUAGAUAGAUAGAUAGAUAGAUAUAGAUAGAUAGAUAGAUAGAUAGAUAGAUAGAUGAUAGAUAGAUAGAUAGAUAGAUAGAUAGAUAGAUAGAUAUAGAUAGAUGAUAUCAAUCAAUAGACUUUAUUUGCGUAGCCGACAGGCCAUAGCAUCAAAGGACAAACACCGACAAAAAUACAUUACAAAUAUAGUUACCAUAAAAUCUUAUGACCUAUUAAAUCCCUAGGUAAAAGCUGGAUUAUCAUUCAUCAAUGACCCUCUGUCCCAUGGGUGGCGGCCUUUUCUCUGGUAGAUUGUUCCAGGUCGGUUAAGUAAAUAGACCAGCCAAAUUGAAAGAUUAUAAAUAUAAAUAUAACCUCGGAGGGAUGGUCAGGACAGGGAGAAAGAUAAUAAUAACCAGAUGCAGAUAAAUUAAUAAUCUCAGUACUUAAAACUUGGCAGAGGUAAUAAAAUACUAAUAAUAAAACAUAAUGAUAAUAAUGAUAAGAUCCUAGGCGAGGAAUCUGGGUGACACUCAUGUCAGUCAGAUAGCAGCUCUCAGUCUCAUUGCUCUCUCGAUAAAUUUGGCAACCUUCUCUGUUGUUGAGCUGUUCUGGUCGGCUAGGAGUGAGAACAAUUUGGCUUCACAAGAGUGGCCCGGGAUGGCAGAUAGGAGCGGCGUGAUGGUCUCGUCCCUGAGAUCUUUAUAUAGGGAACAAGACAGGAGAACGUGUGACACAGUCUCUACGUAGCCAGCUCCACAGGGGCAGAGCCGGUUCUCGAAUGAAAUGUUUUGAUAUCUACCUUCAAGAACAGCUGAGGGUAACAUAUUUAGUCUGGCCAGUGUAAAGGCCUAGAUAGAUGAUAGAUAGAUGCACAAUCUCUUCCAUUCAACAUAGGAUUUAAGUUUGGGAGAGUGGAGGGCACAAAUCUGAGAUCUAAGAUGGUAAUUUCAGGGCUUUCAGCACUUCCAAAAAAAUGAGGGCCUAUGUUUGGAAGGUGGGAUGCAACGUGUUUCCAUUUUUACCUCCCUGAUCCAACUGGAUUCACCUUUUUUUUUUUUUGGCAGAGGGAGGUGUGUUUUAAAUGUUCUUCCCCUGCAGGCCCAGGACUUUGCAUUGCAGAUUUGAAAGGACCCUAGAGUAAAGGAGGAAUGCCCCAUAGUCUGUGAUUUACUCCCUGCAGUUUCAUCAAAUGCUUAACUUGGGCUAUACCUCUACUGCUGUGUGUUCAUUUGACUGGUCCUUAACCCUUUAUGAUCUUCAAUGUAAUUUCCCCCUCCCAGGAUGUAGAUGCGGCCUACAUGAACAAGGUGGAGCUGGAGACCAGGGUGGCUUCUCUGACAGAUGAACUCAACUUCUUGAGAUCCCUGUAUGAAGUGGUGAGGAUACUUUGUGCUCUCCUAAGGACCACCUGAGAUUCCCUGCAUGAAAUAAACUGAUUGCAAACAUUCCUACCCUUAUCUGGAUUCCAUAGAGCAAUGGCUACCCAAUGAUUAAGAUUUUUGUGUGACUUACAGGAGCUAUCACAGAUGCAAGGGCAGCUAAGUGACACCAGCAUCAUCCUCUCAAUGGACAACAACCGUGACCUGGACCUGGACAGCAUCAUUGCAGAAGUCAAAGCUCAGUAUGAAGAUAUGGCCAACAGGAGCCGAGCAGAAGCAGAUGCCAUGUACCAAAGCAAGGUGUGUACAUCUGGCUUGGGCAAGUAACAUGACAAGCGAUGCAAAAUGUGGCCGUUAAAAUGCCACUCGAAUCCAUAUGAAACUUGACAAAUUCAUCAGAAGAAAUUUGGACACCUGGAGCAGAUUGAAGCUAUCCUAUUUAGGAAGGAUCUCUAUAAUAAAAAUGAAUGUGCUCCCCAAACUAUUGUUUCUCUUUCAAUCGAUCCCGAUACUGGGUGGGAUGGACUGUCUCAGGGAAUGGCAAUGAUAUAUUUCCAAAUUCAUCUGGCAGUGGAAGAGACCCAGAACAAAACAGCUAGUCUUAAUUGAUAUUAAGGACAGAGAAGGCUUCUCACUGCCAGAUAUAAGUCUGUACUAUGAGGCGGUCUGUUUCACCUGGUUGAGGGAUUGGUGUUCAUUGGGGAACCCAGACUUAUUAGAUCUUGAAGGAUUUAAUAUCAGGUACGGUUGGUGUGCAUACCUGAUCUAUGGAAAGUACAUAAGGACUUUACCAAUCAUAUUAUCAUAAAAUCCUUAUUUAAAGUCUGGGAGAAAUAAAGAGACCUUCUAGAACAGAAGAUGCCAUGGUGGAUCUCACCAAUUGAGGCAGUGGCUGUAAGGAGGAAAAACUCAAGUGGAAAGUGGCCCGCCUACUAAACAUUACUUAAAGAAACUUGACAAAUUCAAAUAGGAGAGUUAAUGAGAAUUUCCCACCUAAAAAUAAUUCCCGCAGUUAGAGCACUGUAAAGGUAAAGGGACCCCUGACCGUUAGGUCCAGUUGCAAACAACUCUGGGGUUGCGGCGGUCAUCUCGCUAUACUGGCCGAGGGAGCCGGCGUACAGCUUCCAGGUCAUGUGGCCAGCAUGACUAAGCUGCUUCUGGCGAACCAGAGCAGUGCACGUAAAUGUCUUUUACCUUCCCGCCGGAGUGGUACCUAUUUAUCUACUUGCACUUGACGUGCUUUCGAACUGCUAGGUUGGCAGGAGCAGGGACCGAGCAACGGGAGCUCACCCCAUCAUGGGGAUUCGAACCGCCGACCUUCUGAUUGGCAAGCCCUAGGCUCAUGCUUUCUUGUUGCAAAGAAGAGCUCAAAACAAUAAAAAUCUAUUGACUUGCUUCUAAAAAAAAUAUCUAGCCCACUCUUGUCUACUCUGGCUGGCUGCUAUGGCUCCUCAAGUUCUUGGGCAGAGAGAGGGAGAGGGCUUUCUCAUCACAUGUCCCUUGAUCCUAUUGACUGGAGGUGCCCAGGGACCUCCUGUAUGUAAACACAUGCUUUGCCACUGAGCUAAGAUCCUUCUUGUCUGGGAAUUUCUGCAUUCAAAAGCCAAAGUUGAGAAUCUGAGCGACACUCAAGAUUCGGAAGGUUUUUUGUUUUAUUGCUUCUUGCUUUUGCAAUUGUAUGCUGAAAUAUGCCAUUGAACUAAUGGAUGGAAUUCAACUUAGUGCUAGAUGGGGUAUUCACUUGUGGAUCAAGGUCUGCUUGUGCAAUGAGACAAACCCACUCUACUUCACCUGCAUGCCCCCUAAACCUGUUUUGGGGGCAUAGUGCUUCCCUCCAACUCCUCUUUCACCUUCAGCCACUGGUAGCUACAGGCAGUUGCAACUGGUGAUGGAUUUGGCCUAAGACUGGCUGCUGCUGCUGUUACACUUUAUGAUGUCAAUUAAAAUCAGUUUCAGGAACUUCAGCUCACAGCGAGGAAACAUGACGAUGCCUUGAAAAAUUCCAAGAUGGAGAUUUCUGAGUUGAAUCGACUCAUCCACAGACUAAGAUCAGAAACGGAAAGUGUGAAGAAACAAGUAAGAUGCACAUUGCUUUAGCAGAUAUGCAUAGCAAAGGUUGUUUGUUUGCAUCCAGUGAUUGCUCUGCCGCAGAGGUUCUCCAUAAGUUGUUGGAAUUCAGUUCCUAUCAGCCUCAGCUAGCAAAAUCAGAGGUCAUGGAUGAUGCGAGUUGUAGUCCAAUAACGUUUGGAGAGCCACAUGGUUCUCAUCCAUGGUCUAAUAAUGUUACAGUGAAUAGUGCACAUUGCAGUGGUUUGGGAAAAGACUUUUAAUGGAGUGAAUGUAUUGUUAGCUAAUUAAGAAUUUAAUAGCAGUAAUGCUUUCUGGAAAACAAGUCAAUCCAGCACUAAUUAGCUCCAGCAGUUUUACUAUGGUUUUGCAAUAUUUGGGGUGAGUUUAUAUACACUCAGGGUGGGGAAACUGUGGCUUUCCAGAUUCUGUUGGACUCCAACUCCCAUCAGCUCCAGACAGCCUGGCCGAUGGUCAAUGAUGAUGGGAGUUGUAGUUCAUCAAGAUUUGAAGUGCCACAGGUUCCCCACCUGUGAUAUUCACCCUGCUUUCAGGAUGUUUUAGCAUCACCUUGUGAAGAAAUGAUCUUGAGUUAAGCCCAAGGCUGGCAAUAAUAUUUAUGUUUGAUUCUACAAAUAUGCCUUGAAUCCAUUUCAACUAAAUAAUUCAGUUCCUGGUUUAUAAAUAUUUUUGCUGAUUUCACAACACAGUAUGAUUCUCUCAUUUACCUGUUUGGCAUUCCAUAAAUACAGGUGUGUGACGAAUCCUUUAAAUUAUGACUGCUACAAACUUCAAAAUGUAAAUACGGAUUUUUGAGUUGUGAACAUUUUUUUUUUUAGUUUUCUUUCAAAAAGAUGUAUUCUGGUCUGAUAAUCUGUAACAUGCUAUGCCUCAAGAAGUGCAGGAAAUAAUUUUACCUUCGAAAAAAUUGGGGGCUAAAUCAGGAAUAGGCAAAUCAUUCCUGUUAGUCAUUCUGGCUGGGGCUGUUGGGAUCUGGAGUCCAACAUCAUCUAGAACAAGGAUAGGCAACCUAAGGCCCAUGGGCCGGAUGCGGCCCAAUCGCCUUCUGAAUCCAGCCCGCGGACAGUCCAGGAAUCAGCAUGUUUUUACAUGAGUAGAAUGUGUCCUUUUAUUUAAAAUGCAUCUCUGGGUUAUUUGUGGGGCAUAGGAAUUUGUGUGUGUCCCCCCCAAUAUAGUCUGGCCCACCACAUGGUCUGAGGCAUAGCUGUCAACUGUCCCUUAUUUGGCAGGAAACUCCCUUAUCCCAGUGCCGUGUCCCGCUGCUGUCCCUUAUUGAUGAUGUCCCUUAAAUUUCCCGGGUUUCAAAGGAAGCAGCUCCUCUCCCUCCCUCCCUGCUGGCCAGGGAGGAGGGAGGCUCCAACUGGGUUGCUUGGCUGUGUUGCUCACCCAAUAAGGAGUCUAAGAACGACUGGGGGGUGGAGCUUGCAUGCCUUGUGCUGAUCAAAUCGGCCUCGUUGCCUGGGGAUUCGCCUUUGCUCAGAGCUUCCCAGCAGAGAGGUGACAGUGGUUUUCCUUGCUGCAUCCCCUUUGCUGGGUUGCUGAGCUGUGAGAACCACCGCUUGAGACUUUGUUUGGCUGAUGGCUGGGCUUUCUGCUUUUGGCUCAGAGGGGCUCAGAAGCUGAACAUACCUGUGCCCGGAAAAUCCCUUAUUUUGGCUGCUGAUCCCUUAUUUUCGAGGCUGCUGAUCCCUUAUUUUCAAAUCUGUAAGUUGACAGCUAUGUUCUGAGGGACGGUGGACCGGCUCACAGCUGAAAAAGGUUGCUGACCCCUGAUUUAGAAGGCACCAAAUUUCAUGCACUACAAUGAUUCCUAAGAUGUUUUUGACUUACUGCAUAGCUACAUCUGAUAGUUAAGGGCAAAAAAUGGACUCCAGUAAUCCAAAUGAAUGAAGCGUUCAUUUAGAGGCAGAAAGAAGCAUUUGAAACAUUCAAAGCACUGUCACUUGUGGUGUAAAUUCUUAAAGCCCCAAUUCUUAAAUUUAUGGGUAGACCUUUUGUCAAGACGUUUGCUAACUUGUACUUGACAAUGAAAUGGAGAUUGUGACUGUGUAAGAACUUUUGCCUUUGGCUGUUUUAUUUCAAUUUGUUAGAAAGCUGUGCGCUAUGUUCUUAAGAGGGAUGCGGGUGGUGCUGUGGGUUAAACCACAGAGCCUAGGACUUGCUGAUCAGAAGGUUGGCGGUUUGAAUCCCAGUAACGGGGUGAGCUCCCGUUGCUUGGUCCCUGCUCCUGCCAACCUAGCAGUUCGAAAGCACAUCAAAGUGCAAAUAGAUAAAUAGGUACCACUCCGGCAGGAAGGCAAGCGGCGUUUCCGUGCGCUGCUCUAGUUUGCCAGAAGUGGCUUAGUCAUGCUGGCCACAUGACCCGGAAGCUCUCCGCCAGCUCCCUCAGCCAAUAAAGUGAGAUGAGCACCGCAACCCCAGAGUCGGUCACGAUUGGACCUAAUGGUCAGGGGUCCCUUUACCUUUAUGUUCUUAAGUUAGUGUUCUUAUGGUAAUUCUUGUAUCAGUUUGAGACUGUACUGGGCAUAUGGAAAAUUUCUGAAAAUAAGAAAUAAUAAUUAAAAUGGCUAAUGCUUGCCCUGAAAAAAAGCUCCCCAAAAGAAGCUCUGGUUAUAUGGGCUGAUUUCUAUGUGAGCUGAUUUCUGUUCUUUGCGUUUUCUCCAUAGUGUGUCCAUCUUCAGUCAUCUAUUGCUGAAGCUGAAGAACGUGGAGAGAUAGCCCUCAAAGAUGCAAGGGAAAAGCUGUUGGAACUGGAGAAUGCCAUGCAGAAGGCUAAGGAGGAGCUGGCCCGCCUUUUGCGUGAUUAUCAGGAACUUUUGAAUAUUAAGCUAGCCUUGGAUAUUGAGAUUGCCACCUACAGGACCCUCCUGGAAGGAGAAGAAUGGAGGUGGGUGUGAUGAAAACCAAUGGCAUGGCUGACAGGCUGUCCACACUAGGACUAGUUGCGUGGCGAGUUCUUGCCUCCCCCCUCAGAAAUAACGACCGAGACACAAGAAUUCGGGUUAAUGGGUCAAAUUAGGUCACAACUUUAUUGAUUACAGGAAUUGAGCGGUAUUGGCUUAGGCAUUGGUCCUAACAACUAUCCGGCUUCAGCCCGCUUGCUAGAAGACCGGUAAGGGUUACCCACCAGUAGGGGGAGUCCUGCAGAGGCAUGUCAACUCGGAGCUCCCCCCGGAGUUACCGCUUGGGGGCGUGCCGUGGGCCCACACCUCCAUAGGCUUAGGACAAGGCCACGCCCCCCGGAAUCCUUUACUGGACUACCAUUUUGUUUUGGGGGAAGGUGAUGGCGCUUCCUUCCCUCUUCAUCUGCAUAACAAUAGAACAAUACCCUUACCAAUGCCUAACCGCCAAUACAGGGGAGUUGUGACGGAUUGCUACGAGGUAGGCGAAAACCAAGUGGCUGGUGCCAAUCUGCCAAUUGGAAAAAUUCCUACCAGGCCCCUUGACGGUGACCAACCAAAGUCCAUAGCAACGUCAGAGAGCCUAGCCUAACGGGUGGGAGGGAAGGGGAAAACCUGGCUAGCUGCAGUGCAGAAAAAGGAAGAGCCUCGGCCGCGCCAGACCUAACUGUAGCGUGGCCACGCCCCCCGGGCCAGCCAAUUGGCUGGCCCGGGGAUGACGCGUCCGAGGAUUCCCUGAUAUCGCGGGGGCGGAAGGCAGCCCCCGUGAGUGUGGGGAGGGGUGUGAAGCCCGCAACCCCACCUCCUCCCUAGCUCGGAAGUGGCUUUGUUUCCAUACUCACCAUUUUCUCUGGCAUUGAUGCGUUUUACUCCUCAAUUUAUUCUUGAGAAUCCAGGAACUGAUCUCAAAAGGUUCUGCUCUCAUUUACCCUGUUGCCCUGUCUACUUCAAAUGUUGAUUUGUUCUGUUGUUGUAUAAAUCCCAUCACAAUCUUCUGAGAUCAGAACAAAAACUGGACUCAGCUAUACAGCUGCAAAUAAAACCUUUUAAGUGCAAUAUACAAGGUGACACUGGAUGGCGAUGGUGAGCCUUAUGGAAAAUUCAAUGUAUUUUUUAAAAGGCUUUAAAAAAGCAUUUUCAGAACAUUUUUAAUAUGUGUUUAGAUUCCACCACCAUUGUCUCACGUAACGACAAGCAAUCUUAUAUUGUUAAUGCUGCCUCUACAUCCCCCAUCUUCAUCCUCCUGUACAGUCAGUGUUGGAGCAAUAAUAAUAAUAAUAGCAAUAAUAAUAAAUAAGCCUGGGUGAUACUAACAAGCGUCUAGCUAGUUUGAUGAAGCUCAGUGCUAUAGGGACAGGGGAAGCCAGUUUUGCCAGCAAAUCCUGAAGAGGGCACAUGAUCAGUUUCAUUCAGUGCUGCUUGAAAAAAUAAUGGAAAAUGUUGCUUUCCCCUUUAUAUAAAGACUAGAUAAUGCAAUCACCCAGUGAACAGUGGCAGUACUAGUAUAGCACUAAUGCUUGUUUGUUGGUUUGUUUGUUUUAAAAAAGUUGCCUUGCAGUAUUCACUGUAUGUGAAUACAAUCUACACAAUGUAAGUAGAUUAUCAAGCAAUUUGCUUUGCUAACAAUCAUGCUAGCAAGUAAAAAUGAAUUCAGUCUAGCAAUGCUCAUAUUCAGAAUGGGAAUCCUGUGGUCCUCCAUGUGUUGAUGGUCUACAGUUCUCAUCAUCCGUGAUUGUAGGUCAUGCUGGCUGGGAGUUUGAUUCUGACAAUGUCUGGAGGGCCAUGGGAUCCUCAUCCCUGUACAGAGGUGAUGCUUUGCCACAUUUAUGAGCCAUGAGCAAUAACGGAUAACAACAGCAAGGCUGCAAUCCUAUACUGUACUUACAUUCUCAAUGGCAGGGAUGUACUCGAAUGUUGCAGAAAUCGAGUUUUCAUUCACACUUUAGCCAAAUUUCAUUGACAAAGAGCAUCAGCAACUGCUGCCGAAUCGAUACUGCACUCUGAGCCAUUUUCGCUAUUUAUCAGAACCUAUUCCUGCAAUUGUUCAAAAGCACAUCAAAGUGCAAGUAGAUAAAUAGGUACCGCUCCAGCGGGAAGGUAAACGGCGUUUCCAUGCGCUGCUCUGGUUCACCAGAAGUGGCUUAGUCAUGCUGGCCACAUGACCCGGAACCUGUACGCCGGCUCCCUCGGCCAAUAAAAUGAGACGAGCGCCGCAACCCCAGAGUCGGUCACGACUGGACAUUAUGAUCAGGGGUCCCUUUACCUUUAUUCCUGCAAUUGCUGCAGAAAGAAUGAGUUUGACUGCAUUUUAGCAAAUGCAGUUACUCAAAUUGCACCACCAAUUUCUGUGUCAACUCUGUUUUCCCCAUUGAAGCGCAUUUAUAAAAUUUAUCUUAAACAACAACAAACAGCAACUGGCAGAUUUAAACUUUUCAAGCUGAGAGAGACAACCAGUCUUUCAUGGAGAAGAAAGCAAGUUGCAGGCAGGUGUAAUUACUGAGAGAAGUGCAAGGUGGGAUUUUUGUUUUGUUUUGCUGGGAACAAAGACACCACAAGCCUGGGGGGCACAAUAGCGUCCCUGCAGGCCAGAAUAAUUAACAUGCUGUUAAUGUUAGCUGUGCCAUCAGUUGCAACUGACAUUUCAAGAAACAAAGAGACAAUUGAAGUCAAUUUUGCAAUGGACAAUUUCAGGUUGAUUUACAAGGCAUUUUGUUAGCUGAAUGAUUUUAUGAGACACUUUUGGGCAAGGUAAUUUCAGCAGCCAACAAACACCCAAAUACCAGUGAGUAUCCCUGCUCAACAGUAAGAUCCACUGAACCCUGUAUACUCUUACUUGGGAGUAAGUCCUACUGAAUUCAGUGGGGCUUAGCUUGGAGUAGACCUGAAAGUGUGCAUGAUGCAAUAGUAUCUGCAGACAAGCUUGAGAAGAAGGAGGAUGUGGAAUACGGAAUUGCUCACUUUUUUCUUUUUUCUUUUUCUUUCCCCAAACAGGAUGUCUGGAGAAUAUGGCAGUGCUGUAAACAUAUGUAAGUAGCCAAAGAUUUUGUGCUGGCAUUCUGGGUUUGCAACGACAGCAUGUUUCUGAAGCACCUGGGCCAGAUUCAAGUACCCCAUUCCACUGGAAGCCAGAGCAAGGACUGUCGCUGGUGCAGUGAAGCUUUCCCUCUCUCCUCUCUCUGCGCCUCACCAAAUCCACUCUCCAGAUGCAGGAGACGCCCAGUACAGCAUGUGGGGGCAGGAGAAAGGAUAUUCCCUUAUACAGUGGUACCUCGGGUUACAUACACUUCAGCUUACAGACUCCGCUAACCCAGAAAUAUUGCUUCAGGUUAAGAACUUUGCUUCAAAAUGAGAACAGAAAUCCUGCUCCAGCGGCGCAGCAGCAGCAGCAGGAGGCCCCAUUAGCUAAAGUGGUGCUUCAGGUUAAGUACGGACCUCUGGAACGAAUUACAGUAUUUUUUGUCCUAUAGGGCGCAUUGGCCCAUAGGACGCACCUAGUUUUUUGGGGGGGUGGGGAAAUUUUUUUAAAAAAAUUAUUUCCCCCCCACCAGGCGCGGUGCUGGGGCUGGGGAAGCCUGAGCUUCCCCCGACCCCAGCCCCCAGAACAGGCUGCCGCCCGCAAGCCUUGCGAGCCUGGCGGGACCUCCCGCUGGGCACGCAAGGCUUGCGGACAACUGCCCGAAACAGGGGGCGUGCUCCGCAGUGCGCCCUGUGCUUCGGGCUGCCUCCUGCUGCCCGCAAGCCUUGGGAGCCCAGCGGAUAGCUUCCUGAAGCCUGGAGAACGAGAGGGGUCGAUGCACACCGACGCCUCUCGCUCUCCAGGCUUCAGCGAAAGCCUGCAUUCGCCCCAUAGGACACACACACAUUUCCCCUUCAUUUUUUGGAGGGGAAAAAGUGCGUCCUAUAGGGCAAAAAAUACGGUAAGUACUGUAUUUCUUGCUCUAUAGGAUGCACCGGACCAUAGGACGCACCGGACCAUAGGAGGGGGAGAACAGGAAAAAAAUAAUUCUCCCCCUCUCUGUUCAGCACCCCUUCAGCGAAGUGGCAGGAGAAAUGGAGCCCCUUCCAUUUCUCCCCCCGCUUCGCUGAAGGGGCGCUGUGCAGAUCUCCCUCUCCGCUGAAGCCAGGAGAGUCUUGCUCUCCCGGCUUCAGCAAAAGGAACCUGAAGCCUUCGGAGCGCAGCGCGAGGUCCCACUGUGCUCCAAAGGCUUCAGGCGGCUAUCCCUGAAGCCUGGAGAGCGAGAGGGGUCGGUGCGCACCGACCCCUCUCGCUCUCCAGGCUUCAGCGAAAGCAAUGCGAAGCCUCCGGAGCGUGGAGUGAGUGCUCCCUCUGCGCUUUGGAGGCUUCGCGUUGCUAUCGCUGAAGCCAAGGAGCCUGCAUUCGCUCCAUAGGACACACACACACACACACACACACACACACAGACUUCCCCUCAAUUUUUGGAGGGGGAAAAGUGCGUCCUAUAGAGCAAAAAAUACGGUACUUAACCCGAGGUACCACUGUACUGCAUCAGACCAUUGGUCCAUUAGCUCAGCACUUUCUACUCUGACUGGCAGUAGCUCUCUGGGGUUUCAGGCAGAAAUCCUUUUACCUGCUCUACCUGGGGAUACCUGAGGUUGCAGUUGGGACCUUCUGCUUGCAAAGUAGUUGCUGUACCACUGAGCUACGAACCUUCCCUAAGUUAUAGCCCCUAAUGAAUAAGGAUUCAGAUUGUUUGCACAUUAAAUGUUCCGAAUAUUCCCAAAGCUUUUAAGUGUGAAUAUCAUAUACCAACAGGGAACUCAUUCUCCUAAAGUGGACCCUUAAUUUGCUGAAGUGCUUUUUAAAAAAAGCAGGAGGACAAGACCGAAAACAACUCAAUAGGGACUGAACAUCCUCAGAUGGUGUAGAAUAGUGACUGUUAGGAGAAAAAUGGAAAAAAAACUGGAUGACGGGAGGUGGGUGAGAUGGAAUUUCUUAGAAAAGGACCCGGCUGGCUGGCUGGCUAGCUAGCUGCUGGAUUUCAGAAAAAAAGGAACUCCUCUCUACAAUGUUUUGAUGCAUGGGAAAUUUGUAUUAUGCCAAAUUGUAUCAUAUCCUGUACAGGCUUAACUGAAUGAGUGUCUCACUUGGGAAUCUCUCUAAAAUUAGUGUGCCGCAAUUAAAAUGAUCUUCUUCUUCUUCUUCUUCUUCUUCUUCUUCUUCUUCUUCUUCUUCUUUUCCUUCUUCUUCUUCUUCAUCUUCUUCUUCUUCUUCCUGAAGCUGUAGUUAGCAACAGCGGCAUGGCAGGAGGAAGUGGACUGAGCCGCAGAGAAGGACUCAGCAUCAGAAGCGGUUCAAGUUCUGGAAGUGGCAGGGGCGUCGUGGGAUAUGGCUCUGGAGGUGGCGGAAGUUGCUCCGGCCUGAAAAUCAUAUCAACAACCUCUACGAGCAAAAGGACAACCAUCAGAUGA